AUGUCGUGGAUAUUCGGUACACCAGAGAAAAAGGAGACUCCCCAAGCAUCGAGCAACAAGCUUGGUUUCGACACAAACCAGAUCUCCGACAUCUCCAGCAUUUUGAACAGUAACACAUUGGAUCCUACCAAGCUACAUCCUUUGGCCGGAUUGGACAAAGACAUUGAGUAUUUGGAUCUUGAUGAAGAGAAACUGACUUCUUUGGAAGGAGCCGACAACGGGCUUUUGCCAUCGAGAGGCUGGACCGAUGAUCUUUGUUACGGAGCAGGUACAGUCUAUGUGCUAGGAUUAGGUCUUGGAGGACUACGUGGAUUCAACGAAGGGUUGAAGAACCUUCCACAAGGAAGAGUGGACCCAGUGACAAACCAAGUGAGACCAGUUCCAUUCAAAUUGAAGUUAAACACUGUUUUAAAUCAAAUCACUAAGUUUGGACCCCACAUGGGUAACAAUGCAGGUGUUUUGGCCAUCAUGUACAAUCUCAUCGACGCUUCUUUGGACAACUUCAGAAACAAGCACGACGAUCUCAACUCGCUAGCUGCUGGCUUUUUGAGUGGCGCAUUAUUCAGAAGCAGCAGAGGUCUCAAGCCUAUGGGAUACUCGGCAGGUGCAAUGACCCUAGUGGCUGCCGCUUGGUGUGGAUUCAAGAGAGUGAUCAAUUGA